AUGAAAAAAGAUUUGAUAUUGUCUGCAAGAGCGCCAACAGCAGUGAUGAGAAAGCAAUUCCAGGCAGGUGAUAGGUGGCAUGAGAAGCGCCGAAGGAUGGACGCCAUCAUCACCUUUGCUUGGGUGGAGGAAGGCGUGUUGCCCAUGCAUAGGGAAAGGGAAGGGACGCACAUGCCCCAUUUCAAUUGCACUCACCGACCCAAGGGGACUAGCCCCUUUCACUUGCUCUCACCCACCCAAGGGGACUCAGCCCCUUUCACUUGCUCUCACCCACCCAAGGGGACUCAGCCCCUUUCACUUGCUCUCACCCACCCAAGGGGACUCAGCCCCUUUCACUUGCUCUCACCCACCCAAGGGGACUCAGCCCCUUUCACUUGCUCUCACCCACCCAAGGGGACUCAGCCCCUUUCACUUGCUCUCACCCACCCAAGGGGACUCAGCCCCUUUCACUUGCUCUCACCCACCCAAGGGGACUCAGCCCCUUUCACUUGCUCUCACCCACCCAAGGGGACUCAGCCCCUUUCACUUGCUCUCACCCACCCAAGGGGACUCAGCCCCUUUCACUUGCUCUCACCCACCCAAGGGGACUCAGCCCCUUUCACUUGCUCUCACCCACCCAAGGGGACUCAGCCCCUUUCACUUGCUCUCACCCACCCAAGGGGACUCAGCCCCUUUCACUUGCUCUCACCCACCCAAGGGGACUCGGCCCCUUUCACUUGCUCUCACCCACCCAAGGGGACUCAGCCCCUUUCACUUGCUCUCACCCACCCAAGGGGACUCAGCCCCUUUCACUUGCUCUCAUCCACCCAAGGGGACUCGGCCCCUUUCACUUGCUCUCACCCACCCAAGGGGACUCAGCCCCUUUCACUUGCUCUCACCCACCCAAGGGGACUCAGCCCCUUUCACUUGCUCUCACCCACCCAAGGGGUCUCAGCCCCUUUCACCCAUUCAUGA